AUGCUUAAAUUUAGCAUAAAAAAAUUAUUAUCUUUUCAAAUUCCCCUAAACCAAAUUCAAAAAACUACAACACGUUCAUCAGGGCCAGGAGGGCAAAGUGUCAAUAAGGCUGAAACAAAAGUGCAACUUCGUUUUAAUGUUGAUAAGGCAGAAUGGAUUCCACCUAAUGUUAAAAAUAAUUUGAAGAAAAUCUUUAAAAAUAAACUGAGCAAAACUAAUGAUCUUAUUAUAGAAUGUGAAGAAACAUCUUCCCAAAUGUCUAACUAUAAAAUAUGUUUUGAUAAAUUAACAAAAAUUCUUGAAGAAGCAGAGAAUUAUAAAGAAAAAGUAAAAUAUGCCAACGUUAAAGAGUUUAUUCAUUUGAUUAAAACAGACGAUCAGAUAAAAAAAUACAAAGAUAAACUAAUUAAUCAGAAAAAAAAAAAAAGAGAAAAAAAAUUUAAUAAACGAGAUUAUGAUUGA